AUUGAGGUUUCGCCCUCCGACCCGCGACGCCGUCUUGGUCCUGGAUAUCUUACUUCUAAUAUAUAUCACUUCACGUCCCGUCGCACUCCGGACUACAGUACGUGCCGCCGCCGUCGCCCGCGUCGACGAUUAAAUCAAUAUAUCCAGACAUCGACCUAGACUCGAGUUUCGCUCACAACAAAACAACAGAAACAUUUCAUUGUUUCUGCACGGCUUACUAAAGCUGCUCGCACUCAGAUAGGCACCUUUCCGUUGGUCUCACUGCCCCAUCGAUCGCGUUGCUAUCCGUUUGUUUUGGUGUAAACACAGAACAUCAUCUGCCGCCCGGCUCAUUCCCAAUGGCUACUGACAUCCGCCGAUCGCGGUCGAACACCUCCAUGUCGACAAGGAGUAAUCGACCGCUCUCGCGCGCCUCGACAACGAGUGUGCACUCGUUCGAUCAACACGACCUCCAACCGCAGUUUUCCCAGUCACAGCCGCCCCGGCCGGCACACUUCUCACAACCACAAUACAACACAUCGUUCACCAGCGAGCCCCUACAGCCUGUAUUGCUACAAGCUGCGCAGCAUGUGAGCGCGCAGGACAAUCUGAUGAGCACCUCGAUGGAAAGCCUGCAGCAAUUCCUCGGCUACCCUGUCGAUGCCAACCAAAACCCAGUCCACGCAAACGGCAUGCCCUCGCAACCCAUGGAUGCCCACCCGUACCACCCAUCCAUGUCGCAGCCACCAUUACAAACGCAGUACAUAACACCGCUAGUCGAAGUGGAAGACAAGAAGAAGAAAGGCUCGACGUCAGGAAGCGCAACAAACGACAAGGAGCUACGACAAAUGCUGCAGCAGAACGAGGGGCGCAAACUGAAAGACGUGGCUGCAGAAGUCAUCCAGACUGACAGAACGUCGAAGGCGGAGAAGUCGAAGCAGCUAUUUGCUAUGCUAUGGCUCAAGUCUGUUUGCCGCCUUGCGAAAACAUCCGUACCACGCAACAGAGUCUACUCAAAGUAUGCAGAGCGCUGUGGUACUGACCGCGUCAUUCCAUUGAACCCGGCAUCAUUUGGCAAGCUUGUCCGUGUCAUCUUUCCGGGCAUCCAGACUCGACGCCUUGGUGUUCGCGGAGAGUCCAAGUACCACUACGUUGACCUCGCCCUUAUCAACGACAGCGAAGAUGGAGAAGAUGCUCGUCGACCGAACAUUGGCCCUAUAGCACACCACACCAUGAAGAGGCAACAGUCCUCCGGCCCAAAGCUCGACUUCAACUCGAUACCACGGCUGCCUGCAGAUAGCGCACAGUUCCCACCGCCGGAUACUGGCACAGAAUCUACUACCACUCAAUACGCCCCGGCUGGAUCCAAGGGUCUUUUGUUUGCCGAUAUCUACUCAAACCAAUACCGCCCAACCAACGCUCGCACGAAGACCUCAUACGAAUACGAACUGAAGUUUCCAACGGCAGAAGUACUCACAGCCUCGGAUGUGCUGGAGAUCGAGCUUCCAGACAUCACCUCAUACUUGCCUGCGCGCACCGAUCCUGAUUCGGCGGACAACCUGACGGCUAUGUACCGUUCGCAUGUCACAUCCCUUGUAGACUCGGUCCGGUAUUGCAAGGAGAAGCAAUUCUUUCGGUUGUUUGGUACCUUCCACGGCACCUUGACGGUACCAGUGCAGAAGCUGUUCGCGUCGCCAGAACUCGCGCCGUGGAUCAAGGAGUGCGAUUGGAUGAUGUACCAGAAGAUGAUUCGCAACGUCUCCCAGCUCACACUACAGGUUGCUCCUCCGAUCGUUCUCAGAUUCCUCGACAACGUUGCAAAGACCUUGCACGCACAUAUCAGCAAAGUCUUCCAGCCAUUGCCCGUACACGUCCUCGAGGCCAAGCUUGAGCCUGCGACCAACUUCGCACAUCUAUUACGUCAGAUGUUACGAGUCAACUCCACAGCGCAUGCGGCUGCUGUUAUGCUCACGGCCGAAAACCACCGCACUCAGAUGUUCGCUGACUGGUUGUCGCACGUUAACAUCAAACGCAUCAUCGCCAACGAGCUGCCCGGUUCUUGUAGUCACGAAGAAGUAUACAGCAUAUUGAUGACGGAGAUACGUCCCAUGCUCGGCCCACUGCCACAGGACAUCCAGUUGCCAACCGGAACUGUCUACCAUGCCACAUACCCAGACCCCCCCGCCGAUCCUACAGAAUCCGUCAUCGAUCGUAUCGCAGCCUUCCUCAUACGCCUACCAUUCCGCUUCCCGAAUGCGCACGCUCGCACCGUUCUACACUGCAUCAACGCAAUUGGGUCUGCUGCAGUACGUGAAAUCACUGUGGAGAAUGGUGUCAGCUUUCAGGCUUGGUGGUUGAACAAGGUCUUCGUCGAUGAGAUGGCUCAGUGGCUUGCUUCCUUGGGCGGAUUUUUGGAUCACAGUCCACCAAACUGGAGUUCGUCAUCAUACUCGCCGGUCCUUGAGGGGUCUGUAAAUGCAGGCAUGAACAACGGCGGGAGUGGAAGCAACAACGAGAGCAGAUACAGCAGCCUCGAUGCCGAAUUUGGACCCGAUCAAUCAUUCAUGUCGACCACUACCACGGCGAUGCAGGACAACAUCCCCGCGAAUCACGAAGUCCAUGCUCGACGACCUGCUCAACAGCAGUACGAUCCCAUGAGCUUCAGCUUCGAGUACGACAUGAACCCUUCGCAACAGGAAAGCCAUCAUGAUGACAGCGGCAUUGGUCUCCUCGAUGAUGGUCUCGAGACCAAGUUCCAAUCCCACAUGCAGCAAGGCCUCAAGUCGCAUUUUUCACAUCCGCCGACUCCACAGCUGCCCACAGGCGUAAGCUAGUCGCUCUCUGUAUACCAACUGGCGCACUUUCGUACGCCCGAACCCUCAAAACCUCUUUCCUGAUAUACCAUUGCCCUUUGCUUUUAUGCGCUAUGACGCCUCCGAACUUAUGAUACCACCAAAAUUUGUUGGUUUGUCUGGGAAUGUCUCGUUGAUCUACCUGAUUUUGUAUAUGUGCUCUGGUCACAUGGCGUUGUCUUUGCUUAUUGUUAAUCUUGUUGCAUCUUUCAGGCACCUCUGGCUCGCCACGGAUCACGUUGUUAUGUUCGUUAUGGCUCUCGUCUCUUCACAGUCGUCGUAUUGGACUACUGACUGAGUUCAUUUCUUGUUUAUACAUUCGAGGCUGCGUUGACAGCAGGGCGCAACUCUUUACCCGCGAUCUUAGCU